CCAGCGGCUGGGUAAUCUGACACAAACAGGAACUAGACACGGCGUGGCGGAACUAGUGGGGAGCAGUAAUGCAGUUGUAUUGUUUGUCGUUUUUUUAAUACUUUACAAUCUGAAAAUGGAAACAGAAGAGGAUGCGACAGAAAUAAAAACUAAACCCACUCUUGAACACCAGGGUGUUGAGUUCCUGCAACAGACAGUGGGAGCCCUGGUUUCGGACUAUGGCUGGUACAUCCUGUUCGGCGGUGUUGCCGUUUACUUGGUUAUCCAGCACCUGAGCAAACGAAGAGGAAGUCAGGAGAGCAGUGGCCCUAGGGACGUUCCAGACCCAUCUACAGUUGUGAGGCGUCAAGAAGCAUUAGACACGUCUCGCCGGCGAAUGCAGGAGGAAUUAGAUGCUAAAGCUGAGCAAUACAAAGAAAAACAAAAGCAACUUGAAGAGGAAAAGAGAAGGCAGAAGAUAGAGAUGUGGGAAAGCAUGCAGGAGGGAAAGAGUUACAAAGGGAAUACAAAACUAAGUCAGCAGCAAAGCACAGAGGAGUCCAGCUCAACGUCCGUCUUAAAACCCAAGUCUGGAAAGAAACCACUGCGCAGUGGGUUUAAUCCCCUGUCUGGAGAGGGUGGAGGAGCUUGUUCAUAUAGACCCGGUCGUAGAGGUCCCUCUAGUGGCGGAUGAGGGUAAAUCACGUCAGCGUUGCACUGCUGCAGUGAACCCUGACGUACUGCUUCAAGAACACACACAGAUAUACUGUGACUAAUGCUGGCUAAUCUCAGACGAUUCAAGACUAAUUUAAGGGUGUUAGAUUGUUAAACCCAUCUUCAGAAGCCUCCCAAUACAUGUUAUACUUCUGCUCUACACAAACAGGCUGACAUCUGUAUUUGACAGGCUUGUUGAUAAUACCUAAAUGGUUUCAAAGGUUUAUUAUUAACACCCCUAGUCAAAAAUCACAAUUGCUCAAAAAUCAGAUGACACUGUAGACUGCAGAAGCUCAUAGGUGCACAAAGCUUCCGCUGUUACAAAGUCUUUUGAGGCUUGUGACCUGCCAGCUGCACUGAAUUAAGUUCAUGGGAGGUCUCUGCAAAAACAGAUGAGAGAUUCAGAAAUGAAUUCCCAAACAUGCGGCAACACACUCGGAUUGUUUUAUUUUCUUACCAUUUUGCAAUAUUUGAGACCGGUUCCUCUUCAUAUAAAUUCUUUCCAAUUAAUGCAAAAUACUUUUGGAAAGGGGAAACUAACCUUAUCCAAAGAGAAGUAAUGUAUUUACACUUGACUUAAGACUACUGCUUUUUAAACACAUGGUUGUUUAAAAAGUAAGUUUCCCACAGCAAUGGUAUGGCGUGUUGGUGUGGUAAACUUACUUUCUAAUCGCCCUGAAUGUUUCUAAAUGUGUUGCCGCUGUUGAGACACAGGUUCUGAUCUCUCCGAUGUUUAUUUGAUCAAUUCCUUCGAUGAGUAGGACUGCUGAUUUCCUGAGAUUGCCCGCUUCCAAUGAUGUCUUCCUUGUAAAUGGCAAACCAGUCAGCGGGGAGGACUGAUAUAGUUCACAAGGUCAUGUGUGUUUCUUGUUUUUUUCCAUAGUGAUGCACCCUGUAAUAUCUAAUGGGUGGUCAUUUUGCCUUGUGUGGAUCCAUGCUUUCCACAUCUUCUAAUCUAUGUAGUGUGAGGUCUUGGUCUAGGUUGCCAUAAUGUUAUCCAAAUACAGUCAAACGCAGUAUGAUCAACACAUUUACAGAAAUGCUUCUGAUUUCAACCAGCAUAUAUAUAUCCAAUUUGAAAGCGUGCACAUGUAUUUGUCCAAUACUGUAUUUAAUGUUAGUAGUGCUGGCCUAUACGCCAUGCUUCCAUUGUAGAUUUACCAGUCAACAAGGCUGUCAACAAGGCUGGUAAAUCUACAAUGGAAGCAUGGCGUAAGAGGUCCACUCGUCUCUAUUAGAAUGUCUCCGGGAUUAAGAGACUUUAUCAUAUCGGAAUUUCAAAGAAUGUCUUUGGUAUGGAAUGCCAGUCACAUAUGAAUUUAAUGAUCCUGUUUAUACCAACGUAAUUCAUGUGGAGUUAGAAAGUAUGGUUCAUUUUUAUUAUAGAAAACCUUUACUAUUUUCAAUCAGAAACCAUUUCAUUAAACGAAGCUUUAGAACACUGUACAUAAACAAUUCUAGUGCCAUUUUAGUGCUGACUGUGUUGCAUUAUGUAAAAGAAUGCCAUUUGUACUAGCUCUUUAUUAAUAAAAAGUGCAGUGGUUGUA